AUGGACCCUUCUUCUUCCACAAACGCCUCCUCAUCGACCGCCUCAUCAACAAGGCCGUCUCCCAACAGCUCAGCCGCCGCCAUGGUCCCUGCCCCCAUCCAGGUCAAGGCCCCUUCAACCGAGCCCUUCCUGAAGGACUUUACCCUCAUCGCCGAGGCUGCCAAACGCGCGCAGGUCGCAGUCAUGGUGCGCGACUUUGAGGAUCUUCGUGGCUAUGAAUGGAUUCCUAUCAACGGAUUUUGAAUAAGACUCGCAAUCUGGGUUUGGUUUUCUUGGCCUCUCAGUCACGGCAAUAAUGCGAUGCGAUCUGCCAGACCGGCCAUUUUCAAGCACAACCGGGAAAUAUGAAUAUGACCACCAAUCUCAAUGUCGUCUUAUAUCGCCUGCCCCCACCCCCUUUUUCUUUUCCUUUUUUCCUUUUCUUUUCCUUUUUUACUACAUUUGCAACGGAGAUCAGGCGUCAGAUCUUUAUACACGCUCAAUCCUUGGGAUGUCAUUUAUUUGGUUAUUAAAGCUCUAUCAGCUGGAUGGGAUGGUGUUGGUCUAAUUUGGAAGAAGAAGCCUCGCGCACAGAUAUUCAAGUCUUGAUUUUUCUCUUGGUUUUUUUUUCCUUUUGUUCCGGGCAUAUAAAUAUAUACACUGAGCUAGAAAUACCCGUAUCUUGAUAGUAAUGAGACUAAACGAGGCAGUCAUGUACGCCUCAUAAA